GCCGUCGUUCCCGACGUCGUGCACGCCUUUCCUUCCCCCUUCACCAACCAGCACGCCGAGCAAGAUGGUCGCGGAUCCACGCAUGAGCGACGCCCAAAUGGCAGCGAUCAAUGCUGCCGCGGUCACCAAGGAGUACCGCGUUCAGCCGCAUCUCGACUACAGGACCGUGUCUGCGAUCAACGGUCCGCUAGUUGUGCUGGACAAUGUCAAGUUCCCUUCCUACAAUGAGAUCGUGCAGCUCACGCUGCCGGAUGGCUCCAAGCGCGGCGGACAAGUGCUUGAAGUGCAGGGGAAGAAGGCUAUCGUUCAGGUCUUCGAGGGCACCUCUGGCGUCGAUGUGAAGGCCACACACGUUGAGUUCACUGGACAUAGCAUGCGUCUCCCUGUCGCGGAGGACAUGUUGGGUCGCAUCUUCAACGGUUCCGGCAACCCCAUCGACCAGGGCCCGAAGGUGUUCGCGGAGGAUUACCUGGACAUUAACGGCUCUCCCAUCAACCCGUACUCUCGCAUCUAUCCCGAGGAGAUGAUUCAGACUGGCAUCUCGACCAUUGACACGAUGAACUCCAUUGCUCGUGGACAGAAGAUCCCCAUUUUCUCCGCCGCUGGACUCCCUCAUAACGAGAUUGCCGCGCAAAUCGUGCGUCAAGCCGGCCUCGUCAAGCGCCCCGGCAACUCCAAGGGCAUUCACGAUGGCCACGAAGACAACUUCUCCGUCGUCUUCGCCGCCAUGGGUGUCAACAUGGAGACCGCGCGCUUCUUCAAGGAGGAUUUCGAGUCGAACGGCUCCCUCGACCGUGUCACCCUCUUCCUCAACCUCGCGAACGACCCCACGAUCGAGCGCAUCAUCACCCCCCGUCUCGCGCUUACGACCGCCGAGUACUACGCGUACCAGCUCGAGAAACACGUGCUUACCAUCCUCACCGACAUGUCCUCGUACGCCGACGCGCUGCGUGAGGUGUCCGCUGCGCGUGAGGAGGUGCCGGGUCGCAGAGGUUACCCGGGUUACAUGUACACGGACUUGUCAACGAUCUACGAGCGUGCUGGACGUGUUGAGGGCCGCAACGGCUCUAUCACGCAGAUCCCCAUCUUGACCAUGCCGAACGACGAUAUCACGCAUCCCAUUCCUGACCUUACGGGCUACAUCACGGAGGGCCAGAUCUUCGUCGAUCGCCAGCUGCACAACCGACAGAUCUACCCGCCCAUCAACGUCCUGCCCAGUCUCAGCCGUUUGAUGAAGAGCGCCAUCGGCGAGAAGCUCACCCGCGGCGACCAUGGCGAUGUGUCCAACCAGCUGUACGCGAAAUACGCCAUCGGCCGUGAUGCAGCAGCCAUGAAGGCCGUCGUCGGUGAAGAGGCGUUGUCGUCGGAGGACAAGCUCGCGCUCGAGUUCCUCGACAAGUUCGAGCGCAACUUCGUUGGGCAGGGCGCCUACGAGUCUCGGACAAUCUUCGAGUCCCUUGACCUCGCCUGGUCCCUCCUGCGCAUCUUCCCCAAAGAGCAGCUCAACCGCAUCAACCCUAAGAUCAUCGCGGAGUACUACUCGCGCAAGGGCGCGCGGAAGGAGAAGGCGCCCGAGGAGGCGCCGGCGGAAGAGGAGAAGCUCAUCGAUGCUUGAAGCGGACCGCGUUGAUGCGCAAGUCGUAACGCCUCGACAUGCCUCUUAUACGCCAGCAAAUGCCCCUUUGUGCGUGCAUGGUCGGGAGGACGGACGCAAGUAGCACUAGUGAAUUUCCGCGCGAUGUUGUCGUCAUACCCUGUACGGAUUCUAGCAUUAUUGAUUACGAGCGUUCAUGAUCAAAGAACGGAUGAAGAGGUCAAUUGCUUUAGGUUGAAUGGUGUCUAGGUACAAGAUUAAAGAAACAUUACGGAGAGUACA